AUGGCCAGUGCUGGUGCGGCCGGCUUUAUUCCGAUUAAAACAAAAGCUUCCCUUGCACUCAAGGAGAAGACGGAAGAAACAUUCAAGGUGACUGUAUUCGAGCCGAAGAAACUGGCACAGCAGAAAAAACGAACGGCACAAUCCCGGCCAAAACCACCUCCGAAGAAGGAGGACAGCGAGAAACCCACCUCAGAUGGAGAGGACGAUGAGGAAGAUUUGGAUGAUAUAUUUUCCGAUUUGCCUCGCAAAAAGCCCAAACGCAAGGAAGAUCCAACCGCAUUCGACAUGUCGAAAGCUCGGCGAGAAGUAAUGAACUUUGGCUUCACCGGAUUCGACAAGGAGAGCAAACACGAGGCGAUUGUGCGGUUGGCCAUUAAGCUGGGAGCAAAACCACCGAAAAAUGCAUACCGCAACUAUCGUGAGCUGUUGGAGGAGAAGAAAGCGGCCAAAGAACAGGAUGGUGAUACGGCGGCUAAGCGUCGGCAUGGACAGAUGGCGUACGGAGCAAUCCAAUCGUACAACAAAUAUCAGCAGCGACAGCGCGAAAAGCAACGCAAUCCCACCUCAAUCAUGAAGCAUUACGGCAUAGCGAAACCUCGGAUAGGGAAGAAAUAAA